UGAUUGGAGAAGCUCUAGCUCUUUGAUUGGUCGCCGGAACAGGAAGUGCGAGUGGGCGGGGCUUGAGUUUCGCGAAGGGCUUGGGAAGGCGAAAUGGAGGGUAGUGUGUCUAACAUAAAGAUCUGUAACCUGGCCUACAGCGGGAAGCUGGAUGAGUUGAAGGAGAGCAUUUUGGCUGAUAAAUCUCUGGCUACUAGAACUGAUCAGGACAGCAGAACAGCACUGCACUGGGCAUGCUCAGCUGGUCAUACAGAAAUUGUUGAAUUCUUGCUGCAACUUGGAGUGCCAGUGAAUGAUAAAGAUGACGCAGGUUGGUCUCCUCUUCAUAUUGCUGCUUCUGCUGGCCGGGAUGAGAUUGUAAAAGCCCUUCUGGUAAAAGGUGCACAUGUGAAUGCUGUCAAUCAAAAUGGCUGCACUCCCCUUCAUUAUGCAGCUUCGAAGAAUAGGCAUGAGAUUGCUGUUAUGUUACUAGAAGGUGGAGCUAAUCCAGAUGCUAAGGACCAUUAUGACGCUACAGCAAUGCACCGGGCAGCAGCCAAGGGUAACUUCAAGAUGGUUCAUAUCCUUCUGUUCUACAAAGCAUCCACAAACAUCCAAGACACUGAGGGUAACACUCCUCUACACUUAGCCUGUGAUGAGGAGAGAGUGGAAGAGGCAAAAUUGCUGGUGACCCAAGGAGCAAGUAUUUACAUUGAGAAUAAAGAAGAAAAGACACCGCUGCAAGUGGCCAAAGGGGGCCUGGGUUUAAUACUGAAGAGAAUGGUGGAAAGUGAGGCAGCUUCUAUGUAGUCUGCAUGUGUUUUAUUGUCCUCACUGUCCUGGAAACCGUUGUACUGCUGACAAGGCAUCUUGUAUAUGUGAAAAUGUUUUCUUACCUUCAUAAUUUGUUGUAUCACUCCUAUUGAAAUACUUUCCAGGCAAUGAAAAACUGGUGAGCUUGGUCUACUGAUGUCAUUCAUUAAAUCUUGAUUACUUUGGAGUAAGUGGUUGUGGCUGACCUGUCUUGAGCGUCCUCCCAUGCACCUGCUGACCCUCUAUGGGCCAGAACAAGUUCAGAAAAGGCCCACCAGCUGGGCCAGGUAGUUCUCGGGAGCUUUUGAGCUUUCCUCUGUGUAGUCACAACAAAUCCUGACCUGUUUCCAAGUUCACUCAAGAGACCUAUGCCAAAUAUUUCUCUUUUUUUCAACUACAAGGUUAAUUUAUUUUUGUUACAGGAGGAAGUUCUAUAUUUUAGAGGAGCAAAUUUUAAGUUGAAUUAUAUGUUCUUAAAAUAAUGAAAAACAAGAGCCUACACGCCCACGUGCCUUGUUAACUAGCUGUUCCCUCUAAAAUAAGGCAUAUCAUUUUAAAAAAAAAUUAAAAGUGUCUAUCUUGACUGACCUUGUAUUGAAAA